GACCCUAGCAGGACCCAUGAACAUGUUCGAUGCUACAGGAUAACCAAGUGGACACAAGCCACCCCAACAUAUUGUUUCUGCCAAUGUGUAUUUGCAGUGCAUUGUGGGAUGGCGCUCAUCUCCACCCUGCUUUCUGCCCUCAUUCUGGGCAUUUUUGAAAACCCACUGGUAUUUAGCGACUAUCCGAGCUUCUCAUCCAAUGACACUGUGUUCCAGCACCUGGCCCUGCACCCUGACCCUGCCGUGGGCACGGUGUACAUCGGUGCACAAGAUCGCCUUUACCAGCUGUCUGGACUGGACCACUUGCGGCUAGAGGUGGAAGAGACGACAGGUCCUAUUAGAGACAGUAAGGAUUGUCUUCCGCCUGUAACUACCAACAAUUGCCCAUAUGCCCGCUUAGUGAAUAACCACAACAAACUACUGCUAGUGGAGCCCUAUUCCCUCCAGCUCAUUACAUGUGGCAGCGUUCACCAGGGCACAUGCCAGAAGCGGAGCCUUGCUAAUGUUAGCACUGUUUUGUUCUCUGCUGAAAGACCAAUGGACACUCAGUAUGUGGCUGCCAACGACCCCGCCGUCUCCACCAUCGGUCUUGUGGCAAGUCCGAGAGAUGGUGCGCCACCCUUGCUGUAUGUAGGAAGGGGCUACGUGAAAAGGGGUAGCCUUCCACCAAUCUCCACCCGCCAUAUUUCUACAGAGCCCAUCUUUUCCUAUGAGGAAAUGGCUAAACUGGGAGUAGCCGGCCGCCUGUCCGAGUACGACCACAAUUUUAUAUUAACUUUUGCAAGACGCAACUACGUCUAUUUCUUAUUUUUCAGACGCAACCUCAAAUCCACUUCUCGAGAAUACAGAACAUACAUCGCCCGGAUGUGCCUGGAUGAUCAUGCGUACUAUUCUUACAUCGAAGUUCCGCUUGCCUGCCGCUCUCGCUCGACAGGGAAAAACUACAACCUUCUCCAGGGAGCACAGGUGGGUGGAAAGGUGGAUGACAGGCAGGCCCUAGUAGCGGUGUUUUCCACAUCAUUGAAUGGUGCCAGCAAGCCGAGCGAGGAAUCAGCGCUUUGCGUUUACAGUAUGGAUGAAGUUGACCGCUGGAUCGAUGGCACCCGAGACCUGUGCUACACACAAGAUGGCCAGAGAGAAGGCCUCAGGGUGGCAUAUAUAGAGUAUGAAGUCAAAUCCAGCUGUGCCAACUUACCCAAGGACACCCUCAGUACCUAUCCUUGUGGCUCAGAUCACACCCCAAGUCCAAUGGCCAGCCUGGAGCCAGUGGAAGCUGAAGCAGUUCUGGAGAGUCUUUCUGCUCGUCUCACUGCUGUGGCUGUCAGUAUGAGAGAUGGACACACCAUUGCUUUCCUGGGAGAUUCCAAAGGAAGUUUACACAAGGUUUUUCUGGGCAGCUCCGGAGAAGUGAAGAGAUACUCCAGUCUUCCAAUACAGCCAGGUUCAGCUAUUAACAGAGACCUGCAGCUUGACUCCUCCCAGAGACACCUCUACAUUAUGACCAGCAAUACUUUAGAGAAAAGGCCUGUGGCAGAGUGUGAGAAGCAUGUAACCUGCCAGUCCUGUCUUGAAGCUCAAGAUCCUUAUUGUGGCUGGUGUGUCCUGGAGGGCAAGUGUGGUAGGCAUUUUGACUGUAGUCGUGGCUCCCGUGUAGGCCAUUGGCUUUGGAGUUUUGACAUGGGGCAAAAGUGUGUAACAGUGGAGUCUCUGACUCAGUCCAACAUCAGCCUUGGAGAAGAAAAAAAUGUGGCACUUGAUAUACCAGGCUUGCCAAGUCUUUCUGAGGGAGAAGCAUACUCAUGUUUCUUUCAUGAGACAGAAAGUGCUGUGAUUGUUCAGGAAACCACAGUCACAUGCUUCACUCCUCCUGCCCACAAGGUGCCUCCUAUACCUCGUGGACAGGAUUCUGUGUCAGUCGCUCUGUCUCUGCGCUUCCUGAAUGUGACUGUGGCGGUUCAGGACUUCACAUUUUAUGACUGUUCUCUUGUGCAGCAACUCUCAGACACCAUGCCAUGUAUAGGGUGUGUGACCAGUCGCUGGAGAUGUAACUGGUGCGUCCACCAGCACAUUUGCUCUCACAAGACCACAUGCCACCAAGGAGUAAUCAUAUAUAAUCAGCAUUUCAACCAACCAACCUCUGUUCUCUCAACAACGAAAGACUUUGAUCAGUUUACUACAGAGUCCACAAAAGCAUUUGCUCCAGCCAAAGUUACUGCCAUGUCUACUGCUUUGGCAAUACCCCCCACCAUUCCAGAGCCAACUGCAAUAACCACAACAGUUGUGAAUACCCUCACCGACCUGCCGAGCGAUUUCCAGCAUGCUAUGCCUUCCUCAACCCAAAAGGCAUUAACAAUAGUUGCAGAAGCCCAGGUUCUACAUAAAGACAGUAAAAUAGGUGGAGAAAAGGUACAUGUGUCAGAAAUGACUCCUGGUGGCAAUGGUGAAGUCAUGGGUCUGUCCCAUAAAGGAUUGGCUGCAAACUCGGUCACAGUUCCCACCCUAAUGGUGGCUAGUGUGGGCGCAGGACUGUCAGAUAAAGCAACUCCUACCACCGCUACUGCUGGGUUAAAUGUUUGGUUUGGGGAGACUGAUAUUGGAAAAGGAUCUUUUAAGAACGGGUCAUCAAUGUCUCUGGCUUCUCCUUUAUCUGGGGAUGGAAAGACAGCGUCACCCAGUUUUCUUUCCUCUUUAGAAGUGGACCUCCAGUCUGAUCCAGUUCCCCAUUUGGAUAAUGAGGGCUCAGUGAUGAGUGAAGCAUCCUAUACCUGUCCAUGUGUGGAGAGAGUUCAAGGUUCUUCUCUCCUCCCUGUAAACAUUGUAAGGCAGAUCACACUGGUGGGACGCAACCUGCACCUGUUCCAGGAUGAUGAUGUCGGGAAGGGUUACGAGUGUGUGUUAACCAUAGAGGGCAGGUCCGUGGUAGUGAAUGCCUUUGUCCAAAGGGAUGAAUCAAAGCCUUUCCUGUUCUAUAUUACAUGUCAACUCCACCAGUACUCAUACUCUGCUGCUGUGGAAGAAUACAAUGCACCGAUCACAGUGAGGCGACAAGGCUCUUUUCAGUUGGACAGUUCACAGGGCUUGCAUAUGACGCUGUAUAACUGCUCAGUUGGCCGUUCAGACUGCAGCCGCUGUCACACGGCAGAGCCACGAUACAGAUGCGUGUGGUGUGAAGGAACCCAAUCCAGCUGCGUCUUCAACAACUCUUGCAGAGGGCACAUCCAGCACAACUGCCCCGCACCCCACAUACACCGGAUAGAGCCUCAGUCUGGUCCAGUAGAGGGCGGUACUGUGAUCACUAUCUCAGGAUCAAACCUGGGCCAGAGAGCAGAGGACAUUCAGCACUCUGUUUUUGUAGCUGGAUUGCCAUGUAUUGUUAUUCCCACAAGAUAUGAGAUUUCCUCCAGUAUUGUGUGUAAGACCACAGCAAGCAGAAGUAAGAGGAAAGGACAUGUUUCUGUGGAGGUUAAAGGAGGAGGAGUUGGAAAAUCUCUCCAGGAAUUUCACUACCAGGACCCAGUGUUACUGGGAAUGCUCCCACUGAAAGGCCCAAUGUCAGGAGGCACUUCAGUGAUCAUUAAGGGGCGGGACCUUCGAACAGGCCAGCAUAAUAAGAUCAGAAUCCUGAUUGGUGGAGUGCCCUGUAUCUUAACUAGCUCUGCAAAACUGGAUGAUGAACAAAUUGCAUGUGUAACCAGUGGCAGUAACAGAACCGGAAGCCACGCCGUAACUGUUUGGUUUGGUAGAGCAGACCGCCAUCUACAGGACACGUUCUAUCACUAUACUCCAGACCCAAACAUCACCAAAGCUGCUCCCUCUAAAAGCUUCAUCAGCGGGGGUCGUUUGAUUAAAGUUUCUGGUGAAAAUCUGAAUGUUGUCCAGGACCCUCGCAUCCGAGUGACCCUGAGCCCUCUGGGACCACAGUUUCAGGGGAGAAAAAGGAGGAAGAGAAAGAGUGAGAGACACAUUGAUAGGGAUGACAGGCUUUGGCCUCUCAAAAGGGAGCGGCGCAUAGUUCCCGAGUCACUCUGUCCAACAGACAGCAUCUGUGAUGUGAAGCAGACAGAGAUGCACUGUGUGAUCUACAACUCCACUCUGCUCCUGUGUCCCACACCUGAGAUGGGUCCAGAGGCUCGCCAUGCUACAGUUACCGUCCAUUUCUUGAUGGAUAAUCUCAGCUUCGAGUUUGAGAAGAUCACUGGCAGCCCCUUCACUUAUGAGCUAAACCCCAUUCUUUACCCACUCAACCAGGAAGACCACAGCAAACCCUACCGCCACAAACCUGGAAGCAUCAUCUCUGUUGAGGGCGAAAAUCUGGACUUGGCCUUUUCUGCGGAGGAGGUUGUGGCUCUGAUCGGAGACGGAGUGUGUGCUGUAAAAACGCUCAGCAGGAAUCACCUGUACUGUGAGCCUCCUGCUCAACAGCCCUCAGUGUCUGCCACAAAGAAACGAGAGGUCACUCAUCCACUGCUCGAGUUCACAGUUCGAAUGGGGAAUCUGAACUUCUCCUUGGGAAGGGUGCAGUACGACUCUCUCGGCCAGGCCUUUUUUCCUCUGGAAGCUCAGGUGGGCGUCGGAGUUGGUGCCUCUAUCGUAGCACUUAUUGUACUGGUCAUCGUGCUCAUAUACAGGAGGAAGAGUAAACAGGCUCUGAGGGAUUACAAGAAAGUUCAGAUUCAGCUAGAAAACCUAGAGACAAGUGUGAGAGACCGCUGCAAAAAGGAGUUCACUGAUUUGAUGACAGAGAUGAUGGACAUGUCUAGUGACUUGGUGGGCUCUGGGAUUCCAUUCCUGGACUACCGCAACUACGCUGAGAGGAUAUUCUUCCCUGGACACCAGGAGUCACCACUGAAGCGAGAUCUGGAUGUGCCAGCUUGUCGCCGAACUACAGUAGAGCAGGGCCUCGUCCAGCUCUCUAAUUUACUCAACAGCAAACUGUUCCUGAUCAAGUUCAUCCACACGUUGGAGAGCCAGAGGACGUUCUCUCCGCGGGACCGUGCAUAUGUGGCCUCCCUCCUUACAGUGGCACUGCAUGAAAAGCUGGAGUAUUUCACUGACAUUUUGAAAACGCUGUUGAGUCACUUGGUGGAGCAAUACACCACCAGAAAUCCCAAACUCAUGCUGCGCAGGACUGAGUCAGUAGUAGAGAAGCUGCUUACCAACUGGAUGUCCAUCUGCCUUUAUUCCUUCCUCAGGGAAUCAGCAGGAGAGGCUUUGUAUAUGUUAUUCCGAGCCAUAAAACACCAGGUGGAUAAAGGCCCUGUGGAUGCUGUAACUAGCAAGGCCAAGUAUACACUCAAUGACAACCGGCUCCUGCGUGAUGAUGUGGAGUACCACAUAUUGACACUGAAUGUUCUGGUAACCAGUGCAGCCACACAUGAGUCUCAGACGGUUCCUGUGAAAGUGCUGGACUGUGACACCAUCACACAGGUGAAGGAAAAAAUUUUGGAGCACACAUGGAAGGGCACAUCAUACUCUCAGAGACCCUCUACAGACUCAGUGAACUUAGAAUGGAGAGCUGGGAUGGCAGGACACCUAAUCCUGUCCGAUGAAGACCUGACCUCAGUGGUGCAGGGCUCAUGGAAACGUCUAAACACUUUGCAACACUACAAGGUUCCUGACGGUGCCACGGUAACUCUAGUGUCACGACAAUCCAAACAUGUCGACCAUGACAGUCAUGACUACAUACCAGGAGAGAAGACUCCCAUGCUGGAAGAUGGGGAAGACGAAGGGAUAAGGCUGUGGCAUCUGGAGAAAUCUAGUGAAGAGCCAGAGCUGUCCAAACACAGGCGAGGGAGUCUAAGAGAACGAGAACGAGAGAGAGCUAAGGCAAUACCGGAGAUCUACCUCACACGCCUACUGUCUAUGAAGGGCACACUGCAGAAGUUUGUAGAUGACUUGUUUGCCGUGAUUCUCAAUACCAGUCAGCCAGUUCCUCUGGCUGUAAAAUAUUUCUUUGAUCUGUUGGAUGAUCAGGCAGCUCAACACAAUAUUACUGACCCUGGAACCAUUCACAUCUGGAAGACAAACAGUCUACCACUGAGGUUCUGGAUCAAUAUUCUGAAGAACCCACAAUUUAUCUUUGAUGUGCCAGCUUCAGACAGUGUGGAUGCAGUGCUGUCUGUUAUUGCUCAAACCUUCAUGGACUCCUGCACUAUCGCUGACCACAAACUGGGCAGGGAUUCUCCUAUUAACAAAUUGUUGUAUGCUCGAGACAUCCCACGCUACAAACAGAUGGUGGAAAGGUAUUAUGCAGAUAUAAAGCACAUUUCUUCCAGUGACCAAGAAAUGAACUCUGUUUUGGCUGAGCUGUCCAGGAAUUACUCAAGUGAAGUAAAUCAUCUAGUGGCCUUGAAUGAGUUAUACAAAUACAUCAACAAAUAUUAUGAUCAGAUAAUCUCUGCUCUAGAGGAAGACUCCAAUGCUCAGAAGAUGCAGCUUGGCUAUAGGCUUCAGCAGAUCGCAGCAGCUGUGGAGAAUAAAGUUACUGAUCUUUGACCUGCUAACCCAGGCUGAAAUUUGAGGAGAGAGAGAAAACGAAACGGGAGCGAAGGAUGGAGGACAGAGAGUGGGGAGGAGCUCAGACUUCCAGAAGCACGAAUGCAGAGACUGGGACUUCUCAGAGGUGAUUUAAAGGAAGAAAUUAUGUGGCGAAAUGAAGUGUGUGCUACAGGCAGAAUAUGGUGUUAAGGUAUUUCACUGCAGUUCAUUCGUCUGUCCAGCACAGCUCCAGCUGGAUCACUCCUGCUCACCUGCUCACUAACGAUACUUUAUAUUUGCAAUAUGCUAGCAGGUUGUCUAGAUCUCCAACACUGGACUAUUACGAAAUACUUCUGAAGAUCUUAAUACACCUUAAUCUUGAUUUUUGUAAAUUUCUUCAUUGCACUUUGGAGCUUAAGAUUUUUGUCCCUCACAUAUCUGAAGGAUGCUCCAUAUCAGCUUUUUAAAAGAUGUCUUAAUAAAAUCACUGCCCACAUGGUUCGUUUUACAAGAUAAAACCCUAACCAUGUCUUUUUUUUUUUACCUGACCUAAUUAAUUUGUUGUCUUUCUAAUGUACAGUAACUGCAGAUCUGUUUAACAGAAAUAUCUCAAAUAAAAGCUUACACAUGGCAUGUAUUGCUACUGCUCAGUAACACACGCAGUUUUUUAAGAGUUCAGGUGCAUUUCUACUGGACAGCAAACACACCAUUUAAUACAUAUGAAUGUGCAUUGCUUAAAGAGGGAUUAGCCUGAUGAAAACAGCUGCUGCAGUUUAAAGGGUAUGUUUGGACUUGUAAGGAAUGUAAGGAAUCUCAUGUUUGGAGUCUUCUUUCUGAUAUUUAACAUGGUGCACGAUGAACAAUAAGUUACAUACUGAAUACUGAACUGUAUGAGGAGGUUUAUUCAGCUUUUAGGCUAAACGAGAAUGAAGAUGAUUGAAGCAGAUGGUCCUCUUUGUGCCGUUUAAUGGUACUAUAUUGUCAGAUGCACUUAAGAGAAAAUAAAUGCACGUUAGCAUCAGAUUUAGAAAUGUACACAACAAGAGAUCCCCGGUGAAAUAACACAGAGGUUUUUAAAGAAACAGCAGCAUAGUAACAUACUGUAGAAAGAGCUAUGUCACUAUCACAUCCACAACUUUGCUAUGCAUAAACUAUUCCCGUGAGCACAUCACACACCUUACACAGCUCUGCAUGAUGGUCCAUUUGUGUCUUGUUUUUAUCACUUUUGAAUUUCAUUUGUCAUUUGUUGCUCUGUAUGCACUGAAGCUCUACAUGUUGAAUUCACAUUGUCGAUGUACUUCUGUGCAGUUAUAACUAAGGCACUGUAAUUAUUGAACAAUUAUUACUAACUAGGCCUGUUUCACCAUGUAACAUGUACAACCAAAGGCUCAGUCGCAAGCAAACUAUCUCCCCCUUUCUCUUCGGUGCUUAGAAAAGAAAACUGCUGCCACACUGAACAUAUGGAACAGAAAACAAAAAAAAAGUUUCAUCUAGAGUUAACUAGCAAACAAUCAGAUGACACAGCACUGAAUCGAAUUAAAGCACAACACAUUUGGCAUGCUAAAGUGAAGAUCAUUUCAGUAUGCAUGAGCUAUUUGUGUGCUCUUUGUAUAACUCUUUACAUGUAUUUCAUUGUUGCUUUUAAUAAACAGGGUGUUGAACAUGAGGUUCAGUAGUGUGUAAAGCUCUACACUGUUUAUCUGCAGAAUGUGCCAGCUGUAUUUAUUUAUUUAUAUUCUUUCUGACUGGCUGCUCGCAGUUGAUUCAUGUGAAGACCAAAUUGCCAUAAAUUAUUUCUCACCCUCUUUUGAAUUGCUCUGAAUUGCUUCCACAUGUCUAGUUAAUUACUAAUAAGUUAGAUAAGUCUUUAUUUCAGUGAACCAGAUGUGAAAGUUCCAGUGUUAUUUUGUAAAUUGUGCUUAUGCUCAUGUGGUAAAUUUGAUCUAUUCUCGUGUGUAUCAUGUAUUCACACUGCUUUUUUUACCCGGGAUUUUAUAUUGUAAAUAUUGAUUUAAUCAGCCAUACACUUUCUGAGCUGUUGAGUUGUAGCUAUGUGUAUAGACUGGCCAUUUAAUAAAG